AUUAUUUGAAAGGCUUCUUGGGAAAUCCAACAUCUGUCUCUGCCUGGAGAGCAUUUAAGCCCAACAGUCUGAGACUGCAGCAGAGGCAUUUGAGACUCCACUGUCACUGUGGGGCUGUGAGCAGAAUCCUGUGCCACUCCUUCUCACGGGGAGCAAGAGCCCUUCACUGAAAUCCUCCCACCAUGCUGGGGCUGCUGCUGCUGCAGGUGUUGGCCAGCUGCCUCUGGCUGGGACACAGCGAGGUGGUGAACUCCUUUGCAGAAUGUCCUGAGUUCUUCUAUGCGGGGACCACUCCAAAUGAUGCCCUGAAUCCAAAUAACCCAGCCUGGAUCUGCCAGAGCUUCAGAAACUCGUAUCACUAUGCAACCCUGUACGACAGAGACAAGAGAAUUCCAGUGUACUCUGCUUACAUCUACCUGCCCGGAUCUGGCAAGAAACCUCACUCAUGGUGGUUUGUUGAGCCUCAGCUCAUAGAUAAAAACAGUCUUAAUGAGAUGGCAAGAGAGUCAGUCCUCAUAGAACAAAAGAUGUUCACCUUAGAACAAAUCAAACAGAGCCAGGCUGUCCUGGAGGAUUACGAACCACUGAAGGGUCUGGACCGUGGCCAUUUGUGCCCCAGUGGCCAUCAUAACAGUAGAGAAAACAAGACAGCUACCUUCACCCUCACCAACAUAGUGCCCCAGGACAGCAGUCUCAACAAUGGCCAGUGGAGGGUCUACGAGUUAACAACGAUGAUCAAAAAGACCAAGGGCUGUAAAACCACCUACGUCAUCACAGGUGCUGUGCCUGGGAACACCUACAUCACCAAUGGGAGGGUUAACAGACCCAGCCACAUCUGGUCAGCUGCCUGCUGCCUGGGGGACAAAGAGCCCAAAGAUGCUUGGGGGGCCAUUGCUGAGAAUGACAAGAACGAGGUGAAAGAGCUCAGGCUGGGGGAGCUGGAGGAGAGGCUGACUGAGCUCUACAAGGGGAAAACAAUUACUCUGUUCAACAAUGCCUGUCCCCGGAAAUAAGCCUCACAUCCUUGUUGGAAGAGGCUCGGUGGCUUUUCAUACACGUCAUAGAAUCACAGAAUCACAGAAUGGGUUGGUUUUGAUGGAACCUUCAAGCCCUAAAGAUCAUCUCAUUCUGACCUGCUUGCCAUGGACAGGGAAACCUUCCUCUAGAACAAGUCUUUUCAAGCCUUCUCCAGCCUGGCCUUGAGUGCUUCCAGGGAUGGGGCAGUCAAAACAGAUCUGGGAAACUUUUACUCGUACCACAGCCUGCUCACGGUAAUUUACUUCUUUAUAAUAUCCCAUCUAACCCUGCCCUCUACCAGUGUGAAACCAUUCCCUCUUGUCCUGUCACUCCAUACCCUUGUCCAAAGACCCUCUCCAGCCCUCUUAGAGAUCCUUGGGGUACUGCACUCUCAGGAGUCUUCUCCAGGCUGAACAUCCCCAGCUCUCUCACCCUCUCUCCAGAGCAGACACGCUCCAGCCCUCGCAGCACCUUCAUGGCCUCCACUGGGCUCCACUCCAACAGCUUUGUGUCCUUCUUGUGCUGUGGGCCCAGAGCUGGAGGCAGCACUGCAGCUGGGGUCUCAGCAGGGCAGAGCAGAGGGGCACAAAUGUCCUGUGCAGAGUCUGUGCUGCUUCCUUCUCUGGUGUGUUUCCAGCUCUGUCCCUCAGGGCACCUCCUCCUCAGCUCAAAGGCACAGAGAUGUGGGCAGAGCCUCCAGCUGCUUGGCUUUGCUGCCCAUCUCAGGAGAGAGCUCUCAGAAACGAGUCCUCUCCUCCUCAGCUGUCCCCAGGAGUGUGCAGCUGAUUUGUCCCUCACCUCCUUACCAAGGCUGAGGCACCAGGGCAGCUCAGGGUCCCAGAGGCCUUAUCUGGAGAUCCCCAUGUCUGGAGAUACCCACACCCCAACAAUACAUGAUUCUGGACAACCUGCUCCAGCUGAUCCUGCUGGAGCCUGGAGUCUGGACUAGAAGAUCCUGAGAAGUCCCUCCAAUACACAACAAUUCUGUGAUUCUGUGAUACUGGGCCAGGCUUUGCUUUGCUUGCUUUUGAAACUGCACCUUGAGAGCAGCAGCUGUUGUAUCAGACAGGCAGGCUUUGGCAUCAGAUACACAGAAAGCUUUGAGCAGCCAAAGCUGAAUUCCUGUGAUGCAUUCCUUGGACACCUUCCUUCUCUGCUCUGCUACUGAAGCAUUUCUGCACAUUGAUGGGAAACUGAUUUGGGGAAAUGUAUUCAAUGGUUGUCAAAGACCAAUGUGUGCCACAUCAUGGAGUUUGCAAGAGCUUGCAAUAAAAGUCAUUUGCUGCAGUG